ACUGUUUCGGAAUCCCAACAAGCCUUUGUCCUUAGCAGUCGCAAAGUUCGUUUGUUCUUAAGGCUUGUACUGGUCUGUCUGCUCUCAUCAACCCGGUUAUUCAGCACUGAGAGGGAGUUCAAACGGGGAGGAGUGGACGCGCACGGCACGACUGCUGCCCGUAUUUGAACAAUUAUCCCUGAUGAGCGCAGAUUGGUUUCACUUAACAGGCGCAGGUGCGGGGGAUUUGUGAUGCGGUGCAGCUGCGCGUUUUCAGGUUUGCGACUGGACACUGGGGCAUCUUAUGUUGAACAUUAACUCUUCAACAGCUACACACUUUAUUUUUUCCCUUCCUUCGGGACAGGAUGGAUGCCACAAAAUGAGACCCCAUCCACUCUGGCAGAUUCAAUCUGAAAUCAGGAGCAUCGCUGAAUACAUCUGGACCCAUUGAGAAUUUGACCGCACUGUCAUUGCCCCGUCCACCCUAAAAGCCUCUUCUGAAGCUGCGGGAGGGGAAACUAUCCGCUUCACUACUCUUCGGUGUGCGCACUCGGACGACUUGAAAUGAGGACCACAUCCUGACUGUACUCCGUGUGAAGAGACAAGCCGGGCGGCAGCUUUCCCUUCAGCUUUCAAGGACGCGCCAGAAAAAAAAGUGGCCCCCGGCCGAGCGAGCUGCGGAGCAUGGAGCGGGACGACUCCGAAGCCGUGAGCCCGUCCAAAAAGACGAUAAUCGCCAAGAUCUUCAAAGUUCGCAAGAGGAGGGAGAUGCUGUUCGUUCAGGUCUGCUUCAUCUGCAGUGUCCUCUUCGUGGCGUGGAGCAUGUCAGCUCUGUUGACUAAGACAGGACAUGGGAUGACUGUGGAGGAACAUCCAAACCUUGAACACUGGGGUAGAAGGCUAAUGGCCUCCAAAUCAGAAAAUGACACUGAGCCAAAGAACUGUUCGGAGCCAGCAAUACAUGAGUUCCCCAAUGACCUUUUUACCAACAAUGAAAGAAAGAGUGGAGCUGUCCUGCUGCAUAUCACGGCGACUCUUUACAUGUUCCUGGCGCUUGCCAUAACUUGUGAUGAAUACUUUGUGACGUCACUGGAAAAGAUCUGCGAGAAACUAGAUCUUAGUGAAGAUGUUGCUGGAGCCACCUUCAUGGCUGCUGGCAGUUCUGCACCAGAGCUCUUUGCAUCUGUCAUCGGUGUCUUCAUCACUCAUGGUGAUGUGGGGGUGGGGACCAUCGUCGGCUCAGCAGUUUUCAACAUCCUAUGCAUCAUUGGUGUGUGUGGAAUCUUUGCUGGACAGGUGGUGGUUCUGACCUGGUGGGCGGUUUUCAGGGACUCCUCCUACUAUACCCUGUCUGUUUUAGCUUUGAUUGCAUUCAUUUAUGAUGACAAGAUCGUUUGGUGGGAGAGUUUAGUGCUGGUGAUCAUGUAUGCAGGUUACAUCCUGGUCAUGAAAUUCAACUCCAGCAUGCAGCGUUUUUUCAUGGGGAAGUCUAGCAAAAAUGUGGCCAAUGGUAAUGCUGCAACCAGCAGCGAGAUGGAGGAUGUCAAGCCAAGCAAGGCUUACAGCCGUGGCUCAGUGGUGAUGGUGGAUGAGAUGAUGAAUGCCAGCCCAUCAAAGUUCAGGUUUCCUGAGGCUGGACUCCGCGUCAUGGUCACCAGCCACUUUGGACCCAAAACCCGCCUUCGCAUGGCCAGUCGGCUCAUCAUUACAGAGAAGUUGGUGCAAGCUGCCAAUGGAGUGGAGACGCAAGUAACUGACGGGAAGGUUGAAAUCGAGAAUGGAACUGUGCCAGAGGACAAACCCAAAGAGGCGGAAGAAAACGACACAAUUUCACCAUUUCAUAUUCCAAGGGGUGUGGGUAGUAAGAUAAAGUGGCUGAUCUCAUGGCCCCUGCUCCUGCUGCUGUUCUUCACUGUCCCAAACUGUGCCAAGCCUCGCUGGGAGAAAUAUUUCAUGCUCUCCUUCAUUCUUUCCACUGUCUGGAUUGCAGUCUUCUCGUAUUUGAUGGUCUGGAUGGUAACUAUAAUCGGCUACACUCUAGGAAUCCCAGAUGUCAUCAUGGGGAUCACAUUUCUGGCUGCAGGCACAAGCGUCCCAGACUGCAUAGCCAGUCUCAUUGUGGCACGGCAAGGCUUGGGAGACAUGGCGGUGUCUAAUACUAUUGGCAGUAAUGUGUUUGACAUCCUGGUGGGACUUGGGGUUCCCUGGGCAAUGCAGACCAUGUGUGUAAACUAUGGAUCUGAGGUGAUGAUUAAUAGUCGGGGGCUGGUGUAUUCAGUGGUUCUUCUGCUGGGCUCUGUGGCACUCACGGUGUUGGGCAUCCACAUAAACAAGUGGCAGCUGGAUUUCAAGCUGGGCGUUUAUGUCAUUGUCCUGUAUGCUGUGUUUCUCUGCUUCUCCAUCAUGAUAGAGUACAAUGUCUUCACCUUUGUCAACUUGCCCAUGUGCAUGGAGGAGUAGAGCUCAACAGCAUCCAAUGAUUACCAAAACCUCAACACCCCCACUAGCAAUCUGAGUUUCUUUUUCAACAAAAUGGACCUAUAUGGCAACUUCUCUUGUUUUCCCCCUUUUCCUGCAGUCUUUAUUUGUCAAUAUUUAAUAUAAUCAAAUUUUUUGUAAGGCAGUGCUCUGUAACUGAACUCUUAUGUUUCCAAAUUGUCCAGUCAUUGCACAGCACUGGUCCAUUUUUUGGUUUGUUUCAGGCAUUGCUGUAAACUUUUAGGUUCUUCUGUACACCUUACUUUCCACCCAUGUAGCAUGCCUUUAGAUAUCAUGGACCUCCAGAAUCAUAAGUGCGACUUUAGAUUUCACUGUUCUCACUUUACAUUUUUCUGAUGAGAAGAAUCUGUUCCACAUCAAGCACUUACUAAAGUCCAAACUCUGUUAAAUGUAAAGCCAUUCCUAAAAGAUUUGAGAUUACUACAGUGUCGGGAUUUUUUUCCGCUUAAACAUAGAAGAGGGAAGAAGGUCUUGGCAUCUCCCCUCCGUUAGCUUGACCCACCCCACCCCCCCGGCAUGGCCUUAGGCAACAGGGAGAUGCUGUUAGUGCUUUACUUCACCCCAACCCUUGCCUGCUUUGCUAAUCUUUCCUAUAGACCUUUGUCAGGACACUUUAUUUCAACGUGUAUCGCAGUCCAGAUCAACUGACUGUGAUGGUGUUAUGCAUCUGCACCAGUGCACAAUGUAAAUUUGUAAACACUUUUUUUGUAUUUUUUCAAAAAAAAGAAAAGGUUUUGUCUAGUUUGAAAUAUAGAAACGAGCUUGUUGCAAAUAUCAGACAUUGCUUGUAUUUCACUGAAAGCUAAUUGCACAUGAAAAUCGUUUUUUUUUUUUUUUUUUUUUCUUUUUAAUAUUUUUAAACCUCUUGGUCAUGUUUGUGGCUGAAAGUUGUGACAGAGCAGCUUGAGCCUUUUCAUUUCUUUAGAUCAGGAUUGGGACAAAAGUCUACAUCUGCCAGAUCUUUCAGUCCUCAUGAGAUGAUUUAUAUUUUAAGAUGGCUGCAGUGAUGGUAGUUGCUCUCGUUGCAGUGAUGCACUCUGGCCUGCAGGGGCCACUGCAGCCCCUCUAGUAGUGCAGAGCGGGCGAUCAGUACCACCAGUUAUCAGGGAAACUCAGAUGGACAGAUCUUUUUUUUUUUUCCUUGCGUUGUAUGUAGAUAUUGCACUUUAACAGCCCUCCUCUCAUCCUGAAUCAACUAGUGCUUCCUUUUGUGUGUUUGUACUUUCAGUGUAUAAAUGUUUGUGUGACUGUGUGUGAAAGAGCUACAUCGUAUGUGUGCGUGCUCAUUCUCGGAGUGUCAACUUGGAGUGGAACCUCUUUAACAACAUGAGCACACUUGUAUCUGUCUGCAGUGCAUGCUAGGACAUGAAAACAAAGCUCCUCCACAGCACAGCAAAAGGUCGAGGGCUUCCAGGCAGUUUCUAUGGCUACUGCCUGGCCCACUUUACAAAAAAUGGCAGCUAAGAGCACUGCAAUCCAGACUAAUUGACACAAUGCAAAAAUGCCUGCUAGUAGUCCAGAUGUGGGGGUGCAGAGACUAUUAAAGUGUGUGAGUGAGAGUAUGGAGUGUUUUUAAGUGUUGAAUCAUCCUCCUUGGCCACAUUGCUGGUGGAGGGUUCUUGUAUAUGCAAUCUAAAUGUAAAUAAUUUAUGUGACAAAGGCCCCUGCAAGGUUGCCAUAUUGAUGGGGCAUCCUGUGGAGAUGUUAUGUCAGUUUGUCUAGUAUUCUAUAAUGUGUGAGCUCACAGGUGUGUGACAGCUGAGGAACUGGGCACAAAAAACCGACAUCUGGAGCAGUAGCUUUGUGGAAAUGUUCAUUUUCUCCCACUAUUUUCUCUUUUUUCCUUCUGGUUUUCCACUCUGGUACAAGGGCAUUAACUCAUCGCCAACCCUAGCAAAAGGAGCAGGAUGCAGAACCUACUUGGCUGCUCCCAGGACUCUUGUUGUACCGAGCAGACUCUAAGGAAUUUACAAAAUACUGGACCCCUCCUUAGACUGCUACUCUGCUGGGAUUUAUCGGCUUUGUUUAUGGUGUGUAAGUGACAACACAGGGCCCAUAGACACCGCCUCACCCUCUCUGUACAAGGCUUGCAGAACUUGAUGCUUUAUGGGAACACUGCAUGGUGGUGCUGUCUGAGUGGAUCCUUUAGUUGAUUCUUUUUUCUUUUCUUUUUUUUUUUGUUUCUCUAUUUGGUUAUGUACAUAUGUCAGGUCUAAGCACAGCAAUAGUUUAAGCACUAAUAUUUACUUUUUCUGGUCCUAAUCUGCAGAUGUUUAUAAUGGUUAUACGACUGGCAUCUCUGUUCCACUAGCAAAAGUCAAAUCUUUUUGGGGAAGGAGGUUCAAAAGGAAAAAAAAAAGUUGAAUGACACAUUUGUUGUAACUUUGCAUAAAUCCAGACUGUACAGACAUAUGUACAAAAUACGCCCACGCACUUGAGGAAACACAUUAGAGAUGGCAAUUUGACACGAGAGGACUGGUAUCUGUUGAUUGAAUGCGACCUAAUGCACUGUGAGCUCAAUGUAACGUGGGAGUUGUUUGUCAAGAAUAAUAAAUGAUAAAAAUAUAUUUAAUGUAAGUUUAGUUACUAUAAAACAUUACUAAGGACAUCUGUAUAACUUAUAUGAAUGUAUUGUCUUGCUAUACUGGACAUAUCCAACAAAUGCAUUUUACUGUAAAGCAAUAAUGUGAAGAAAAAAAAUAAAAUGACAAAAUGACUCCUAUAAA